GGCGGUGUCUCACUCAUGAGCCUUUCGUCGCUGCCUUAUCUUUGAAUGUGUAGUGCCUCUCCUCCAUCGCACGGUGGUGGGCUAUCGCCGCCUGCUUGGCGCCCUCAUACCCCAGCUGACGCACAGAGAACAGCUGAACCUUCUGCUUGCCGUCCACCUGCCAGCUGGCCAUCCAUGAGUUGCUGCCCUUGUGAUAGCUGACGCCCCUGACGCCGCUCUGGUGCGCCGAUCUCUUCCUGACCACCGCCCGUCCGGUGCGCUCCAUUUCACGGCGAUGCUCCUCGGCCAAUGCCUGACGGACGGAGGCACACACAUGGGACACUCGCAGAGAGAGACAGAGGGAAUGGGUGGCCUCCUGCGCACCUUGGCUCCGUCGAAUCCAUGGUCUUUGACGUAGAAGAGCUUUUGCUUCUGCUUCGGGUCGCCCUUCUCGUACCAGAACGCCAUCCAACGCUGCUGUUUCUCAUGCCACGCCACUCCCGUCACAUCCGACUGGUGCUCUGAAAUAAUGGGACACACACACCUGAUGGAGGCUCUGGUCGCCUUGAAUUCGCUUCUUCUCACCUGAUUUGGUGAUGACGGUGGCCCUGGUGCUGGUGUUCUCGUCUGUGUCGGGGGCCCACUGGGGAUUGGACGCAUAGACGGGCGACGGCACAUCACCGGCAGACACCAACGCACCAUCCCUCAGAUUGGCUGCCUUGGGCCUUUGCCGUGGUUCUGGAGAUGAUGAGCUGCUGCCGUCAUUGUGGUCGUCACAGCUGUCAGACCGACGCGCCGCCCGAGCCACGCUCUUUCUCUGCCGGCCACCGCGGUCCUCUGUUGCGUCGCCUUCUCGACGCCCAGGGGGGCGGCCCGGGAGGCGGGGAAAGCUGGACCGGGGAAAGCGGGACGGGGGAGAGGGGUCGAGGAAAGGGUCGUGGCUGGGUCUCUUGGUGCGCUUGCGACGCUGCGGGGGUGGGCUGCAGCCGAAUUGCCCCUCACGCAUCCCGCCGUCCAUCUGCCCCACCCCCUGCUGUGCUCGCUGCAGCCACGACAGAUCGAUGGCCAUCGCCCGGCCGCCCACAUGCGACCUAUGGAGCGCAUUGCGGUACUCAACAGCAUCACGGAAGGCCGUGAAGAUGGCCUCAGGGGAGGCGCCGCAGCCGACAAGGAACUGACGCAGAUCGACGGUCGUCGAUGCGUCGUUGUCCCAAAAGUAGGCCUCGUAACUGUAGUUGUUCCGCCAUGAGAUGCCGAUACUGACACACACACACAGAGACAGAUGCCACUGUCAACAUGAGAGCGUCCAUCAUGCCCUUGGUCAUGCUCACCCGCCUCUGUCUGACGCGUGGAAGUCGCCCGGCUGCUCGUCCCUCAUCCACCGCACCAGUGCGCGAGCCAGCGCAUCGCCCGUCACUUCUCCCGCCACCUGAUGGCCCGCUGGGCCGCACAGCCGCUUGGGAGGGGGGCUGCGGUCAGCCGAGGCCCCACGGCCGUUAUGGCCGCCAUGCCCAUCGACAGAGCUGCUUGGCGUGUGGUGCUCCUCUGGGUCGGUGCACUCUGAGUGAGUUGACACAGCCAGACAGCCGGAAGAAGGCGUGGGAGGGCUGUUGACUCAAUCUGGCGUCUAAGUGGUGUCUGGCUCACCAUUAUUGCGGUGCGCUGCCGUCGAUGCGUCGUCGUGGGGGAGGGGGAGGGGAAGUGGCUCGCUCCUCUCUUCUGUUGAAGGCAGCGGCGCCGUCAUGGCCUUGGCAGUCACGCCCCUACCCGACGGCACAUCCACACCUAUAACCACACACACACACACACUCACACACACACAGAUGGAUGGCAGCCAGUGAACGGACGAGUGAGACGCACCUGUUGGCAUCCACAGAAUCGCUCUCGUCUUCUGGCCGGCCACCGUCACUGUGACGAUCUCAUACCGACCGCCACUCUCAGGAUCGCUCGCACGCACACCCUCCAACAAUAUGGCCAGCGCAGCCGCAUCAGACGUCGCGUCAAGCCGAGUGAUGGCAGCGGCCGACUCGCCAGCCGGCCGCCCAUUGCUGUCGGUCGGUUGGGUGUCAUCGGCAGUGCUGCUGUGAUCCAUCGUGCCGUUGCGUCGCCGCUUGCUGGUGCGGAUCGGUGGACGACUGUCAUCAUCCAGCUCGAAUGACGGGGGCGGGGGGGAGGUGGCCGGCCGAUACUCGUAGUGUCGUUUCUCCAUCUUCCGUCUGUGAGAUAUGGCGGCCCGCUUGCCGCCCUCAUAGCCCAGAUGCCUGAUGGAGAAGCUUUUCUUCUUCUGUCUGCCGCUCUCCUGCCAUGUGGCCGCCCAUGCGUUGUUGCCCUUGUGGUAGAAGACGCCCCUGACGCCGCUCUGGUACUUUGACCUCUUCCUCACCGCCGCCCGUCCGGCGGUCUCCAGCUCACGACGGUGCUGCUCGGCCAACGCCUGGCGGACGGACCACAGAGGAGAGACUCAAUGAGAGAGGUGGAGGUGAGAGGGAAUGGGCGGCGUCAUUGGCACCUUGGCUCUGUCGUAGCCAUGCUCGUUGACGCAGAAGAACCUUGUCUUGUAUUUCUUCUUCUCCCACCACGAUGCCCUCCAGGACUGCCGCGCGCUGCACCAACUAACUCCCGCCACGUCAGACUGAUCCUCUGCAGUUGGUACCACACAUAAUCAAUCGGGUUGCGUUGGAUUCGCCUCUUGGUCUCCUUACCUGACUUGGUAAUGACGGUCUUCCCCUUGCUGCCGGCCUUGCUGUCUGAGUCGGCGGCCCACCGGGGGUUAGACAUACAGCUGGGCGACCACACAUCGCCGGCAGAGACCGACGCACCAUCCCUCAGGUUGCCUGCCUUGGGCCUCCGUCGUGAGUGUGGGGAUGACGAUCGAGGGUCAACGCCAGCCACACUCGACUUGUCCCCGCGCCUGUGACGAACCUUGCCCAGUCCGGCCUCGGACGGUGCUGCUUCUGCAGAUGGUGAAUCGACACAUAACAACCAGGUGGACAGUGUGUCCGUACCUGAUGCGUGUGGGGUCUGGCCUUCCGUCAUGGCUUCGUUCUGCACGGUCAGCUGCCCGGCGUCCAGAUACGUCACCUCAGCCGAUGUGCCCCUUUCGGUAGAUGCCUGGCCUCGAUCUGCUGCCGAUGGUUGCUCAACGGUUGGCUGCUGCAUGGCCGUUCGCCCUGAUGACGGCUCAAGUGGCUGGCGCGUCGCUUCACAGGCUGGAUGAGGGCUCCGCGCUCCUCCGAGCAUCAGCUGCCGAGUGACUGGCGCGCUGACCCGAGCGCAGCAAUGCUGCAAGAUCAGCUCGUGGAGUUUUGACGUGUGAAUCUGCGGUUUGGCUUCACAGUUGUAUACA